AUGUUGUUUUCUUUCCUGGUCUAUGUGAUCCCCAUCUUUGGAGGGUGGCGGGCCGAUGUUUACUUAGGUCAGUACAAAGCAACCAUCGUGGAGGUGCUUACUUGUGGAUUAGCCCACAUUAUUCAAGUCAUCGGUGCCAUCUCCUCCCCUCUUCAGAAAGGGCCAGCAAAUGCCGCGUCUCCAUUUACCCUCGGUCUUAUCCUCGUUGCGUUUGGCGCUAUUUUCAAGUCCAACGCCUCGCCUACGAUCCUUGAUCAACAGCGUCAGAAAACAGCCUAUACCAAAAAGCUCAAGUCUGGAGAAACUGUUAUCGUUGACCCAGAAGCCACAACCACAAGGACCAUGCUUAUAUUCUACGGAUUUAUCAAUAUCGGCGCCCUCUUUAUGCUUGCUACCACCUACGCCGAACUAUUGGUUGUCAUUUUUGAUCACAUGAGUCAUCUAUCUGUUGCUCCCAGUUCUUCUAGCAGCUGUUUACAAGAAAAUGUACAGGGAGCCGCCUAG